CCAUAAAUGAAAGUUCAUUUAUUUUCUUUCUCUGUGCUUCAAGUCAUCACUAAGUUGAUUGACAACUUUUGCUCAACAACAACCUCACCCACUUCUCUAACUACUGUUUCUUUAACUCUAAUUAUUGUACACCAUCAUCUCUCCCAUUAGAGAUUUGAGUUUUGACCACUUUUUUUUUUCUCUCUCUCUCAAGACUAUAUAUUAACUGGCUUCUGAUAUAUGUUUUGUUUUCUCUUCUAUGACUUGGGGUAUCCAUUGCAUUGAGUUUUGGCAGUGGUUCUGUUUGUAGAUCAGAUGCUUCAGAGCCAUUCUUGUGUAUGAAAAAGGAGCAAAAUGGGCACCUUCCCAAUUGAGACCAGACAUAGAUUAUCUGCAUCAAUAAAACUGCAAAGAAGCAAAGUCAAGGAUCUGGACAAGCCCUUCAACUUAGCAGCCCAUGAAAGAUGUUCAAGAUGCAAGCUUCCUCUCUUGAAACUUGUUCUUCUAUUUGCUGUUUCUGGCACUUUUGUAACACUUUUAUACUCUCCAGAGGUGAACAACCAUCUUUCAAACACAACUUCUGGGCCAAAGUUUGUGAAUAGGUGGAUAUGGGGCGGCACGGACCAUCGAUACAUAUCGCGCCUCGACAUUGAUUGGGAAGAUGUUGUUGAAGUCCUUGAAAAAUUAGGGGAUAAAAAGGAGUAUCAAGGAAUUGGGCUUUUAAACUUCAACAAGAGUGAAUUGAUGAAUUGGAAGCAGCUGAAUCCUGAUGCAGAACAGAGUGUGUUGCAUCUGGAGUAUGCUGAUGAUGAUGUGACAUGGGAUUCCUUAUACCCUGAAUGGAUUGAUGAGGAAGAAGAAGCUGAAGUGCCCAUCUGCCCGACUUUGCCAAAGCUAAGAGCGCCCGGGAAACGGCUCGAUCUGAUCACCGUUAAGCUUCCUUGUCGGAAUGAGGGAAAUUGGUCUAGAGAUGUGGCUAGGCUGCACUUGCAGCUUGCAGCUGCUAGUGUUGCAGCCUCUGCUAAAGGAAACUACCCUGUCCAUUUACUUUUCAUCACAAACUGCUUUCCUAUACCAAACCUGUUUACGUGCAAGGAUCUCGUUGCACGUCGGGAAAAUGUGUGGCUGUACCGACCAAACUUGAAUGUGAUCAGAGAAAAGCUCCAGCUCCCAGUAGGUCCUUGUGAACUUGCACUUCCCCUAAAAGGCAAAGAGGUUGCUUACUCAGGAAACAUGCACCGAGAAGCCUAUGCAACGAUUCUCCACUCGGCUCACAUUUACGUCUGUGGAGCGAUUGCGGCAGCGCAAAGCAUCAGGAUGUCGGGGUCGACUCGGGACCUCGUGAUACUUGUUGACGAGACAAUCAGUUCCUAUCACAAGAGUGGCCUAGAGGCAGCAGGGUGGAAAAUAAGGACAAUUCAAAGAAUCAGAAACCCAAAAGCAGAGAAGGAUGCAUACAAUGAAUGGAACUACAGCAAGUUCAGGCUAUGGCAGCUAACAGACUACGACAAGAUCAUCUUCAUCGAUGCUGAUCUCCUAAUCUUCCGAAACAUUGACUUCUUAUUUGGAAUGCCAGAGAUAUCUGCAACAGGAAACAAUGGAACCCUCUUCAACUCAGGGGUAAUGCUGAUAGAGCCUUCAAACUGCACAUUCCAGCUUCUAAUGGAUCACAUCAACGAAUUCGAAUCCUACAAUGGGGGAGACCAGGGAUACUUAAAUGAAGUAUUCACUUGGUGGCACAGGAUUCCAAAACACAUGAAUUUCUUGAAGAACUUCUGGAUGGGCGAUGAUGAAGAAACAAAGCAAAUGAAAACAAGGCUAUUUGGGGCCGACCCACCAGUUCUUUAUGUUCUCCACUAUCUGGGUACGAAGCCAUGGAUGUGCUUCAGAGACUACGACUGCAACUGGAAUGUGGACAUAAUGCAGGAAUUUGCUAGCGAUGUUGCUCAUGAAAAAUGGUGGAAGGUCCACGACCAGAUGCCGGAGCUUCUGCAGCAAUUUUGCCUUUUGAGAUCGAAGCAGAAGGCGCAAUUGGAGUGGGACAGAAGGCAGGCGGAGAUUGGGAAUUAUUCAGACGGCCAUUGGAGGAUCAAAAUUAAGGACAAGAGGUUGAAGAGAUGUAUAGACAAUGUGUGUUCUUGGAAGGGAAUGUUGAGGCAUUGGGGCGAGACGAAUUGGACGGACGAUGAGUUUUUUGCGCCCACGCCGCCGGCUAUCUCGGCGGCGGCGCUCUCUGGGUUGUGAGAUGCGGCGGUAGCGGCAGCGGUGGCUUGAUUUUUCCCUCCAUUUUUCUUUUACAAGUUCUGGGUUGUGAUCGUAUUCUGUAAGAAAAAAUGGGUGGGAGAUUUCUGAAGAACAAAAAGAAACCAUAUUUGAAGUGAAUUUAGGGUUUAGUUGAUUUGAUGAAGUUGGUGCUUUUGAGGAGGAUUCACCUUCAAAUUUGUGACAAUGUUCUUAGAUUAUUAAGUUCUUGCAAUUAAUAAAUAGACGAAGUUACAAAUUUAGUA